CAAAUUUGACAAUUCCAACCUGAAAAAUAAAACGGAAAAGGAGAAACAUAAACACUUUCUGGACUUUCCAUCGUACAAAUAUAUAAAAUUAUGUCACUUUCUCCUAUUUCCUAAAUUGUCUUCGUUUGUUAGUAGUACUAAAUCGAGCUCAUUCUACACGCCCUGUAGUAAGACAGACUAGUUCUUUACUUAUAGGCAUAGUUAAAGAGGAAGGAAGUGGAAACGGAACAUCGUCAAAUGAAUGAAGUGAUAUUAAUCUGAUUAAUAAAUAUUGACACGACACGAUACACUUAUUAAUGUAGAUUUAAUGAGACGUACAUAAUUUAGUUUACAUGUGAAUCUUACUGUAGGAGCGAAUUGGACAAUUUUAAGUAAUCUGAAGCGAGAAAAACAAGUUCUGUUUGGUAGUGAUCAAAUCGAGUGAAAUGGGUUAUGCGAGUGCAACUAAAGGUCAAUAAUCAAUCAAGGAAAUGUGAUCAUACUCACACGUCAUAGGCACCCAGGGGAUUUCUAAUAAAAUGCAAACAAAAAUCGUGAGCAGUCCUCAGUCCCCCGUUGCAGGGGUUGGGAGUGGAAAGAUUCCGGUGGGGGCGACAGAAUUUGUCUUGUCGACGUAUAAUCCUCGAGUCGCCGUGUUCAGCACAUCUGCCGCCUCUGCAAUUGCUGCAAAAAAUAAUCUGACCGUACCACAAUUGAUCGCACCCUUUACUCGAGUUCAAACAGAUGCUUCGUGGCAUGAACCUUUAACGGGACAGCUUAUUGUCCCAAGGGGACUCCGUUUUACUCCUGUUGACCUUGCGAUCAAGAAACGACUUGAUAUGGACAGUCAACGUAAUAAGAAAUUUUUGCAAGAUACUGUGGGACACUAUCUACCGUCUUUGGUGGAAACAGAAGAUACAAAAUUUCACCCGAGAAUUACAAAGAGUGGGAAGGGGAGUGCCGUGGGAUAUAAUGUCGAGGCCCCACGAACUGUACCUUGGUUCAACGCCUGGAGAGAACAAUUUCUGAAACUGCAUUCCGAAACUCAGAGUUCGCAGUAUGACUUUUUGCACCAUUGCAUGGCGUGUAUUUUAGUAAUGUCGUCAACUGAUGGACAAACCGGAGAAGAGCUUACAGAAACGGUGGCCAAGUUGAGCAAAGCACAACAACAACAUCAAACCACUUGGUCAAAUAGCUGGGCGUUCCCAUCGGUCUUAAAGUUUUACCUGAUUUUACACGAGACAUCCCAAUGUGAUCAAGACAGGGCAAACACAAUGUACCAAAACCUUAGAACUACAUAUGGAGGAAACUUUAGCUUUAUGGUGCAAAUUUCGGGUGUUAUUAGCGAUUCUAAUGCAAACGAGACCAAUGACAAUUCGGAUAUAUGGAGUAGAUACGUAGAUCAGGAAUCCGACAAUAAUGUUAAUGAUGACUUUCAUGGAGAGACCAGUCAAGAUGAUUUAGAUGUCGUAUUUCACUCAGAUUUGAUUCAUCCACUAAGUCCGGACGCUGAAAAAAUUGUUAGCACUAGUCUUGCAAAUGGAAAGAUUCUCCCCAAUAACACUUCACCAAUUCCUCUCGUGCGUGGUCAGCAUCUGUCUCCAGAAGAUAUUGACAAUAUACAGAAUGCUAUGAACGAGUUUGUUGCCAAAGCCUUAUUGCCAUAUAUUGAUCGACAAAGUAGACUUUUACACGAAUCUAUUGUCAAUAGGAGAGGAAUGAGCAAAUCGUUUUUUAGUGCGACCAAAAGACUAUUUGGAGGGUCAGCUAAAACUCCUUCUUCCAUAGUUUACACGAAUGAAUCGUUGGAAAUGAUGAGUCGGAAGCUUGCGGAUGUCUAUUUUUUGUUUGGCCAUUACGCUGGAGCCUAUCAGCUGUAUCAUCAAUUAAAAAAAGAUUUCUUGGGAGACUCGGCUUGGGUAUAUUAUGCCUCAUCUCUCGAAAUGGCUGCGGUUUCCCAUUUCAUGAUGUCACAAGCCGAACCGCCUUUAGCAAUGGCAAGAUCAUUUCCUGUUCACUACAUUACUGACGCCAUUACGUACUACAUUGACAAUUGUCGAAUGGCUGACUCGGCUAUCAAGUGUGCCCUUAUAAGCUGUGAGUGUCUUAAACAUAUGGAUAGCCACUCUGAAGCUGCUGCGGUUUAUAUAAGAAUGACAUCUGAAGACUGUGACUUGAAGUCGGCCCUCAUGCUAGAACAAGCUGCGCAUGCCUUUUUAAAUGUUAACUAUAUUAGGAAAUAUGCUCUUCAUUGCGUUUUGGCAGGUCAUCGAUAUUUCAAAGCCGGCUUGAAAAUGCAUUCGCUAAAAUGUUACUUUCAAGCUGACCAGAUCUAUACAGGAAGAGGGUGGCGAUAUGCUGAAAACCAUGUUCAUUUUACUAUUGUUCGCCAUCAUAGUUCUCUGCAUCUUACUUCAGACAUUUCCAAGUACCAAAAACCUCUAGUAACCCCACCGUUGCAAUCAACAAUACAAACAACCAACAAUCAAAUUACCAACAAUAUAAAGGCCCUUCCUCCUCCUGUACUUCAUUGUCUGAAAUUGGAAUAUUCCACUUUAAAAUUGCUCAAUGGAACCGAAUUUAUCAGCCUUAUAAGGGCCCAAAAUCUCACUCCGGAUGGUCACGUUACAAUUAACAAACUGGAUUAUCUUAAUGAAAGCCUCAAAAUUAAGCAAGUAAAUUCCACACCGGUUACCAGCAACUCUACUGUGUUAUCAAAUGACAGUGUUAUUAAGCUUGUUCCAAUGGAAUCGAGGAAUAUAGUCUUGAAAACCCAGAUAGAGCAGCUUGAUCAUAGCAUGAAUAACAUCUCCUUACAAAUACACUGGGAAUUUAGUAAACCAGGAGUCGCAAUCGUUUAUGGUCAAAGUAAACUAGCGGUGGAAGAUCUUCCUAGGAUAUUAAGUUUACAAGAGAAUGCAUUUAUAUUUGAACUUAAUCAUGAAAGCAGAUGUGAAAACGACUUUAAUGUGAAUCCUUGUUUUUUGUACGGGAUUGAACUUUUUGUGCACGCCAGAGUUGGUGGUAAAUUCUCGUUCAAGAUGGAAACAAAUUCGUCACAAUCCAGCAUUGGUCCAGGGGUGAAAGCUUCUGGGGACGAAUUGUUUUUUGUUGGACAAACAAAAUGGACAUUAGAUGUUGUACCAUUGAAGACCUACACCUUGAAAUAUACUGUUGCGAUAAUGCAGCCUGGCGUUUUCAACAUUGCUCCAGCUAUCAUAAUUUCAAGUCCAACUGGUUUGGACGAAGCCCCUCCGCCCAAAUACAUUUUGCAUAGUCCGUUAAUUGUUACUCACCGCUCGUCUUAACUAGUAGUGGGCGCCGUUAGUGUAUGUUUUAUUGUGAUCAAGAUGAAAGACAGACUAUUUCGAAAAUUUUUAAAAACACAUCGUUAUUAUCACAUACAUCAAUGUUAAUGGUAUCUUGUAAUAUUCGUAUUGUAUUGUAUGUAGCGUUCAAUACUGGAAUGAGUCACAUACUAUGUAACCUAAAUAUAUCAUGUACACUGCAAUAUAAUGCGCCCUGACUUCAAAUCAGACAAUUUUAGUAAAAAGGUACGCAUAUGUGGAACGUAUUUCGCUGAAUAAAAAAGCAUUAUAUAUUAAA